GCAUGAUGAACCGACUUCUAUCAAGUGCCUCAUCUAGAAAUCUGUAUCGCGCCUGGACUCGCCAUUGGUAGCCCUGUGGCUCAUUUCCAUCAAUCCCAUUGUCAUUUUCCUUCCCUUUGUCCUACUUCUGUCACUGCUCCUUCAGUCCUUAGCCAUUGCAGCGUGUCAAGUCAUGGGCGAUUAGUCUCCACUCAUCAAGCUCCCUCAGAACUGCGUCUCGUUUUUUGCAAUGGAUUUCAUUCUGCGCUGUAACUCCACCAAAUGUCGUGUUCAGCUCGUCGACCGUACAGUGGUCACGACCUGCAGUCAUAUCUUCUGCCUCCAAUGUUCUGAGUCUUUAGGCCUUUCCACUGCAGCAAGCCCGACAAGAAGAUGUCCAGCUUGCGACCAGCUGCUGUCAAACCCGGACGAUGCCAUGAUUCAAGUCCUUAACCUGUCCGAGGAACAGAAGUCUACCGUGCUCAGUGGUCUCACGCCUGGGACGAUCAUGGAGUGUGCUGGUCGAGCGAUAGGCUUCUACUCAUACCAGGCGAUGCAGGAGAUACUGUAUCAGGAGUACUCGGUGAAGCACCUGACGGAUAGGUAUACCGCAUUGAAAAGCGAGAUGAAUCGUACGGUCCAAGAAGCGAAUACAGAGAUGAACUCUUUGAGAGAGAGGAUCAACUCCAUGAAAUCAGAGAAAGCAAACCUCGAGGAGAAGAACCGAGAAUUGGUAAACGCGUUUCGGGAGAAGAGCAAGGCACUGCAAAACACCCAGCGGAUGUAUCAGGGAUUGAAGGCCCAAGUUAUGGCGACUCAUACCGAACAUGCGGCGGCCGAAGACGCGGAGAAUGCUCUGAACAACAUGUCAUCUCCACGCUUCGAACAACUUGCUCCGCCGAAACCGAGAGGACCAUUCUCCCAAUAUUCCGGUGACGGGCUCACUUCGAGAAUUGGUACAGCUCGCCGCAUGAGUCCGUUGCCAAAUAUGCUGCAUACGCACCAUCAACGUUCGGUUCUCUGA